AUGAGCAUGGCCGACAUGGAAAACAAGGGGGGAAGACGUCAACAUCAUCAAGGAUCGAUACAAAAUACGAACGGCAUGUCCAUGAUCUGCGCUCUUGGCCAAGGCUUAGUUAUUUUUGUAAUCGAUGCAGGAAUGAUAGAUACUGUUGACAUUGCUGAGACGAAAGUGGAGGGCUUUGCUUUGCAAUGGUUCACGGUUCAAUAUUGUCUUUCACACACAGACAUAGACACACAGACAAAAUGGUAUCAGAAUACGGACAUGAGUCCAUUGAUCCGUGCCGAACCCCUUGGUGUUUCCCAACUAUGGGCACAGAGUCAAGGCAUUGGUCUAUUAAUCUCCCUGACAAUAUACGCACAGUACAGCAGCGUCUAG